AUUUUUGUGGUGCUGAUGGAGUGUUUACAGGUUAGGUUCCACCCAUUACGUCCAGAAAUACUUGCAAGUGGGAGCUUGGAUCAUGAAGUUCGUCUAUGGGAUGCAAACACGUCAGAGUGUAUAGGAUCUCGUGAUUUCUAUCGCCCCAUUGCUUCUAUUGCUUUCCAUGCUGAAGGUGGACUCCUUGCCGUUGCGUCAGGCCACAAGCUGUACAUAUGGCCCUACAACGACAGAGGGGAAGCUUCCUCACCAAUAAUUGUGUUGAAGACAAGGCGCUCACUUCGAGCUGUACAUUUUCACCCACAUGCUGCGCCAUUUCUCUUGACUGCAGAGGUGAAUGAUCUUGACUCUUCAGAUUCCUCGAUGACACGGGCAACAUCUCCGGGUUACUUGCGAUAUCCUCCUCCUGCUGUUUUUGUGGCAAAUGCUCAAUCUAGUGACCGUGUUAAUUUGCCUGCUGAACUUCCUCUCAUGUCCAUGCCUUUAUUGUUUGUGCCUUCUGUUUCUAUAGAUGAUUCAAAAAUAGAUUUGGAGCAUGCUAAUAGGCAUGUUGGCUCAAGAAACAUGCAAGUGGAGUCAUCUGCUUCAAUGCAGUUCCAGUCAGAUGUAAAUGUUUCAGAACAGCAAGAUACUACAGUGUCUCCUAUGGAGAUGUUAUCUGUGAGUCGUCCUGGAUCAUAUCCUGGUACAGAAGAAUCUGUAAACAAUUCUUUCCCUAAUGCGAUAGAAAGUGGUGUUUCUGACCAUCAAGUGGACGCUAUGGAUACAGAUGAAAUGCAACCAGUAGGGGCAAGCCAACUAUGUAACUCGACCAACCUAGAUAAUCUUAGUGGUGCAACGAGGGGAAUACCUGCACAUAUUUCCACUCGAUCAACUAUCACUGAAUUUGGCCAACUUCAGCAGUUUUUACCCAUUAGGGAUCCAUCUUGUUGGGAGCUUCCAUUCUUGCAAGGAUGGUUAAUGGGCCAAAGCCAAGUUGGUGUUUCCCCAGUGCUUCCUCUUGGUGGCGGUAGUCGUGAUCAUACAGCUCAAUAUGGGGGUUCCAGCUCAAUGCCUCAUCCAUCUACGUUUAAUGUUGAGGCCGCGGUAGCUUCAUUAACAGUGCCUGGCAGCAUGAACUUAUCUACGGUUCCUGGAAGACCCAAUCGACAUCAUAUUUCUCACACCCGAUUCUCUGGAUCUGAGUCUGGACAAGUUGCUUCUUCCAGUAAUGUUCUACAUGAUAACACUGAUGCUCAACCUAUCAUCAGCAGAAUUCAGUCUGAACUUGCCACGUCACUGGCUGCAGCUGCAGAGUUACCUUGUACUGUGAAGCUCAGAGUAUGGUCACAUGAUAUAAAAAAUCCUUGUUCUCUACUUGAUGGUAAAAAAUGCCGCUUGAUAAUACCACAUGCAGUCCUUUGUAGUGAAAUGGGUGCCCAUUUUUCACCGUGUGGGAGAUUUUUAGCUGCCUGUGUUGCUUGCAUACUUCCUUGCUCUGAAGCUGAUCCAGGGCUACAAACCUUAGUCCAUCAAGAACCUGGGACUGCUACAUCCCCAACUCGCCAUCCAAUUUCAGCACACCAAGUCAUGUAUGAGCUUCGUAUAUAUUCGCUCGAGGAGUCAACUUUUGGUUCAGUUCUUGUAUCACGGGCGAUUAGAGCUGCUCAUUGUUUGACUUCAAUCCAGUUUUCACCCACUUCGGAGCAUAUAUUACUUGCUUAUGGUCGUCGUCACGGUUCUCUUCUUAAAAGUAUCGUUAUUGAUGGUGAAACAACAUCACCUAUUUACACUGUUCUUGAGGUUUACAGAGUUACAGAUAUGGAACUUGUGAGAGUGCUCCCUAGUGCGGAGGAUGAGGUCAAUGUUGCUUGCUUUCAUCCUUUUGCUGGGGGAGGUCUUGUUUAUGGGACGAAGGAAGGGAAACUUAGGGUCCUUCAGUAUGAUAGAGCUCCUGAUGCAAACUGUAGUGGACCAAAUUAUUUUAAUGCUGAAAACAUGGCAGAGGUAGAGUAGUGAGCAAGGUGCAGACAUACGCUUUAGAAUGCUAGACAUCAGUGAUCUACUUCAAAGGAAGCUGUAUAACAUUAUCAACUUAAUGGUAUAAAUCAAAAUUGAAGUCUGAUAGUGGUAGAUCAAUAAAAACUUCGAGGCUUAGCUGAGUGAUUAGGCUUAUGGUUUGCUGCCCCAGGAUGUGGGUGUUUAUUUCCAAGGUAUCUACUUGGCGGGAAAUCAUGAUUUCCAGCUUCCGAAAGAUUCUAGAGUAUGUGAGAGAUCUCAGUUUUGAACUGGGAGGGGCUGUGAUGCAGGUUCAGGGGGUUGACUGGAUUAAAGAAGUAUUAGAUCAGUUUCUUCAUUCCAGCACAUGUGACAUGUUUGUAGAAAAGGUGUGAAUUUAGUAUUGGCAUUGGGAGAAGUUUCGGAUGCUGAUUAUGAUGACCAAACCAUUUGUGUCGAUACUUAACAGGAAUAUUUUGGCAUCUUGAUGUGGAAGGGAUGUGAAUUGCUGCUGCAAUAAUAUGUGUUUUUGAUUCCUUCCACCAGAAAUCUGUAGAAUCGUGCUAUUUAAGUGGGUGCCAAAAUGUACAAAAAUGUCCCAGUAGUAUUCUAACACAAGCUUUUAUUUUUGUUUCAAAUUUUUCUUCUUUUUAAUAAAACUGUUGUUUAAUUUAUA